AACAUUGCUAUGACUGACGGUUUGGAGGCGUGUAUGCAACGAUUUUUCGACCAGGAGGAAAUUACCGAAGCCGCUAUUAUGACCAGCGAGGAGCAGCGUUUCGAAGAACAUUAUCAGCGAACUUACCGUCGCGAUGAAAAUGGAAGAUUUGUGGUCCAGCUACCCUUUCGUGAAUCUGUGAACCAACUAGGAGAUUCCAGGUCGUUAGCCUUGAAACGGUUCCUGCUAUUGGAAAAGAAAUUGGCGAGAAAUCCUGAUCUGAAAACUCAAUACGCAGCCUUCAUCGAAGAAUAUAAAACCCUUGGUCAUUGUUGCGAGAUAAAAGAGGACGAAGAUCCAGCAGGUAUCCAGACAUAUUAUUUGCCUCACCAUUGCGUCCUGAAGCCAUCGAGUAGCAGCACCAAAUUGCGCGUGGUAUUUGAUGCGACAGCGAAAGCAAGUGGUCUAUCCCUGAACGAUGUGCUGAUGACUGGUUCGAACAGUCAAAGUGACUUGUUUUCCAUCGUGUUACGUUUUCGAACCCACAUUAUAGUUUUCUCUGUGGAUGGUUCGAAAAUGUACAGGCAAAUUCUUAUAGAUCCGUCCCAAACGCAGUACCAACGAAUCUUUUGGCGUGGUAGUCCAUCAGAAGCGCUACAAGUUCUGGAGUUGCUGACCGUUACUUAUGGGACUUCGGCAGCUUCCUUCCUUGCGGUGAGGUCACUCAUCCAGUUAGCUCGUGAUGAGAUAGCUAAUCAUCCAGAAGCGGCCGAGGUAAUCUUGUACGACUCGUAUAUGGAUGACAUUUUGUCUGGCGCAGAAACAGUUCAACUAGCCAAGAAGCUACGUCAGGACCUUGAAAAAUUAAUGCUGAAGGGUGGAUUUCCGGUGAAAAAGUGGUGCUCCAAUUCGGAGGAAGUACUAGAUGGAAUUCCUGAGGAAGAUCGUGAAACCCUAGUAUCGAUCCAGGAUUCCAGUGCCAACCAAGUCAUCAAGGCUCUAGGUCUCCUGUGGGAUCCGAAGAAAGACCAGUUCCUGUUCCGUGUAGCAGUUGAUCCUGUAGAAGAUAGUAAACAAGUGACGAAGCGAUCGGUCCUAUCCCAAAUAGCAAAAAUUUUCGACCCCUUGGGACUGUUAGCUCCCGUGAUCGUCGAAGCGAAAAUGAUAAUGCAGUGUUUGUGGGCCUGCAGUGUAGGAUGGGAUGAUCCACUUGAUGGUGAGAUUCUUCACCGAUGGGAAGAGUUCCAGACAUCCUUAGAUGAACUGAGCAACAUAGAGAUUCCGAGGUGUAUCGUGAUUCCAGAACCAGAAGCCAUAGAGGUUCAUGGAUUGGCCGAUGCUUCCCAGGCAGCAUACGGAGCCUGUCUGUACCUCCGUUGCAUUCGACAAAAUGGAUCAGCUGUAUCUCACCUCCUGUGCAGCAAAUCCAAAGUAGCCCCACUCCGUGCGAUGACCAUUCCAAGAUUGGAGUUGAGUGCCGCCUUAUUGCUUGCUAGGUUGGUAGAAAAGGUAGUUCCGAUGAUGAAGGUUUCGAGUCGACAAGUGAAGCUGUGGAGUGACAGCCAAAUAGUACUGGCUUGGAUCAACAAACCCUUGGAUCGGUUGCAAGUGUACAUUCGCAAUCGUGUAGCCGAAAUCAACCGCUUGACUGAAGAUUAUCAAUGGAAUUAUUGCGACCUGUGGUGGAAUGGAUCACCCUUCCUUACUGUAGCUGACUAUGUGACGGAGCAGAUUGAAGAACUUUCAGAACAUGAGAUUCCUGAGCUGAAAGAGGCAGCUGUCGCGAACCCAGUUGUUCAGAAAUCCUGUGAUCCUGUGCUCGAACGGUUCAGUUCAUUUAACAAGCUCCAACGUGUUUUGGCACAAGUGGUACGAUUCCUGCGUUUAGUCCGAACUCCUCGGGAGAAUAGGAAACCAUUCAAUACAUUAACUGUUCAGGAUAUGCGUAAGGCCGAGAAUUUCAUAAUCCGUAUGCUGCAACAGAGUCAACUACAGAAAGAGAUCCAGUAUAUCCAGCGUGGUGAACUACCAAAGCAGCUUGCUACGUUGCAUCCAUUCAUAGACGAAGACGGACUGUUGCGCGUCGGGGGGCGCCUGCAUAACUCGAAGUUGCCUUACAAUGCCAAACAUCAACUGUUGCUUCCCCAGAAACAUCCAGUUACAGAAAUGCUUAUCAAAAAGCUCCACGAGGACCGACUCCAUGAAGGUCAAUCCGGUUUGUUGGCAACCGUACGACAAAAAUUCUGGAUAACAAAUGCGAGAUCUAUCAUUCGUAAGGUUAUCCACAAUUGCAUUAAGUGUUUCCGGGCAAAACCACUGAUCAUCCAGCCAUCAAUGGGCGUUUUACCGGAAUCACGAGUUACCAUUAGUGCACCAUUUGAGUUAACUGGUAUCGAUUAUGCCGGACCCAUAUUCGUAAAGGAAGGUAGGCACAAGCCGAAGGUAGUGAAGGCGUACAUUGCUUUGUUUGUUUGCCUAACAUCAAAAGCAAUCCAUCUUGAGCUUGUGUCAGACUUAACGUCGGAGGCGUUCCUUGCCGCACUCGAUCGCUUCAUUAACCGUCGAGGUAUGGUUCGCAAGAUCUUGUCAGAUAACGCAACAAAUUUUGUUGGCGUCUCCAAGGAACUUCGACAAUUACUUAAAAUGUUCAACGACCAAAUGGAAAGGAGUAAAAUCAACGAUUUCCUGAUCAGCCGUGAAGUGGAAUGGGAGUUUAUUCCGCCGAGAUCGCCUAACUUCGGUGGUCUAUGGGAAGCCGGAGUGAAGAUUGUCAAGUCACAUCUCACGCGGACUCUGGGAAACGCUACCCUAACAUUCGAGGAGUUCAGCACCGUGCUAACACACAUCGAAGCUAUUGUGAACUCUCGUCCACUUUAUGCUACAUCCAGUGAUCCAAACGACCCACAACCAAUAUCUCCGUCUCAUUUGAUGCUCGGUCGAGGACUUGAUCCGGUUGCUAAACCAUCGUAUUUGAAUGUUCCUGCAAAUCGUUUAUCGAGAUGGCAGUACCUCAACCAACUCCGGGAUCAUUUUUGGAACAAGUGGUCUCGCGAAUAUCUUUCAACAUUACAGUCAAGAGCAAAGUGGACCAAAAAGCAGCCUAACAUCGAAAUUGGAACUGUAGUUCUGUUAGUCGAAGAUAAUCAACCAUCACAAGCUUGGAAACUUGGACGGAUCAAAGCUGUCUAUACAGGGAAGGAUGGAGUAGUGCGGGUUGCUGAUGUAAAGACAACGACCGGUGUGUAUCGGCGAGCAGUGAGUAAGCUGGCACCACUUCCUCUGCAAGACGAUAACCAACAACAUUCAGAUGAUUUGGAAUAAUAUUCCAACGGGCGGGAGUAUGUCCGCGAUCAAACGCUCCCAGCGAGAAGUGAAAUUUCCUACGACGCAAUUUGUUUCUAGAACAUUCCAUGCAAAGAAGAAGAAGAAUAUUUUUUCCUUACGACGGCGCGUGUGAUUGGUGUUUGGUCGGGUCGCGAGUGUGUAUAUAUACCGGGCCUGUUCACGCGUAUCGUUUAUUAGUAAACCAGCAGUC